GAACGGGCCGGAGCUCGAUGAUGAUGAUGGCGGCGGGGAGCGGGCAGCAGCUCCGGCAACAGCUCCUCCUCCACUACGAGAGUCUGAAGUGUUGGAGCCUGAAUGAUGGUCGGGCCAAGAUUCCUGGUGGAAGCCGAGAGUAACUGUUGAAAAGUGUUUCAGUCACUUGACGAUGCAGCACUGAGCCAUCUGAGUUUGAGGAUAACAUUUGUAACCAUGGUGAAGGAAGGAGUUACACCGGCUAUCAACCCCCAGCACAGAUAUAUGGGACAACGGCGAAUUCCUGUGAGGAGGCAAUGUGUGACCGAUUCGCAUUCCUCAACCCUUCGACGGUCAGGUCGCUUGCAGCAGCAAAAUCGCACGGAAGAUUCAGAUGGCAAAGAAAACCAAGCUGAUGGGGCUUGUACCAAGGUUCCUUCCAAGGUUGAGGCAACCAUUGCGAGUGGUGGCGCUGUGUCUGAUUCUCCGUUAUCACUCGAUGAUUCACUUGUCCAGGCAGCAGUUGACCUUGAGAAGAACUGGAAUCCUGCGAAUCCAAAAGAAGAUGCUUUAAACGCAGUACAUUUGAACAAUUGUAAGGCAGCUUGCAAUUCUAAUCGACCCAUGACCAAUGCGGUGAACCAACACGAGGUUUUAAAUGAGGACAAGAGCCUAAAAUUCAGUUCUGCAGCAAGGGCAUGUAGCAGUAACAGUGAGGGUCAGAAGUUAUUGACAAACCGAGUAUCUACAGCACAGACUAAAGCUUUGUUGGAAAUAAAGCAGAGUGGCCAUGAUUUGAUGAAUAACCCUCCGUGUUGUAGUCGGAAAGGAACGGUCAGUUGUUCUGCAGAAGACCACAUGUCUGUGGGCAGGGACACGAGGGCUGAGGGAAGAACAUUACCGCUGGCCAACGGCCACAAGAGGGAAAGGCCCUCGUCUGUUGACAUGCUCGAUCCCGAUACAUCCGCCUACCCGACUGCAAAGAAGAUCAUGACGGCUCCUGGCUGCUUGCCAGCCCAGCGGAGGUCUCCAAAAGCAAGACCUGGGGCGAAAAGGCAGGUUGGAAAUUUGUCCAAGAUGGAUAAGAGUUUACAAACUUCCAGGAGACCCAUCAUGGUUAGUCCGAACCACCAGAAAUUGUCGCAAGAGAAGCAGCUUUCUCGUUCAAGCUGUUCCCUGUCAGUGCUGUCACCUCCCCCCGGCCUCAGUCAAAGUUUGUUAGAUGGCAGCAAACUCAGUCAGUCCUUGACAGCAACAGGCAGGUGUGAGGAGGUGGUUGCCCUGGCAGAAGCCGGGGACAUGCUGCUGCUAUCCAAUUGGGGGAUCCCCAGAGUGGUCCUGGAGAAGUAUCGCAGCCUGGGGGUGGUGAGCAUUUUUGAAUGGCAAGCCGAAUGCCUCACACAGCACCGUGUAUUGGAGGGAAGAAACUUGGUUUAUUCAGCCCCAACCAGUGCUGGGAAGACACUCGUUGCUGAAUUGCUAAUUUUAAAGAGAGUUCUGGAAAGGAGAAAGAAGGCACUGUUCAUUUUGCCAUUUGUUUCUGUGGCAAAGGAGAAAAUGUAUUACCUGCAGAACUUAUUCCAAGAGGCGAUGAUGAGAGUGGAGGGAUAUAUGGGAAGCACAUCCCCAGCUGGGGGUUUUUCAUCGCUCGAUGUCGCUGUGUGUACUAUUGAGAAGGCCAACGGGCUCGUCAAUCGAGUUAUUGAAGAGGACAAAGUAGACCAACUCGGAAUAAUAGUUGUGGAUGAGUUACAUAUGUUGGGGGACUCACACAGAGGGUACCUGUUGGAGCUGCUUUUAACCAAGAUAUUGUAUGUCACUAGAAAGAGAGAAAAAAGCCGUAAGAUUUCAACAGAAGAACAGAGGCUCAGUGACGGGAUACAGAUUGUGGGAAUGAGUGCGACUCUUCCAAACCUGGGGACUGUGGCAACCUGGCUGAAUGCAGAACUUUAUUGUACAGACUUCAGGCCUGUCCCUCUGAUGGAACACGUAAAGAUCGGGAACAACAUUUACGAUUCAACAAUGACGGUGAUACGACAGUUUCAACCUGUUCUCCAGGUGAAGGGUGAUGAGGAUAACAUAGUCAGUCUUUGCUAUGAGACUGUACACGAAGGCCACUCUGUCCUUCUCUUCUGUCCUUCGAAGAACUGGUGUGAGAAGCUGUCGGAGACGGUAGCCAGGGAGUUCUACCAGCUGCACCGCAAUGCUGCCGUUGGCAACGGAGGAUUUGUAAAAGCAUCCAAAUUGCUUCCCUUUGCACUGCGCAGGGAGGAACUGCAAGAAAUUGUGGAUCAAUUAAAGCGAUCGCCCACGGGACUGGAUGCCGUGCUCAGUCGCACCGUGCCCCAGGGAGUGGGCUUUCAUCACGCUGGAUUGACUUUUGAUGAGCGGGAUAUUGUCGAGGGGGCAUUCCGUCAGGGUUUAAUUCGGGUUCUCGUGGCAACAUCCACCCUCUCCUCUGGUGUGAAUUUACCAGCUCGCCGCGUCAUUGUCAGAUCACCUGUAUUCAAUGGGCGACUUCUUGACAUUAUCACAUACAAGCAGAUGUCAGGGAGAGCUGGGAGGAAAGGAGUGGACACCAUGGGCGAGAGUAUAUUGGUGUGUAAAAGUUCGGAAAGAGCAAAAGGAGUGAGCCUGUUGCAAGGCUGUGUGAAGCCGGUACGCAGCUGCCUUGUGAAGAAGGAGGGAGAGGGUGUCACCACCAGCAUGCUGCGAGCUAUCCUAGAGAUCAUAGUGAGCGGCGUUGCCAGCACGCCGGAGGAUGUGCAGGUCUACACUUCAUGCACACUGCUGGCUGCCAGUGCACACGGCAGAGAAGGAGCAUCGAUCCAGGGCAAUGCCAUCGAGGAUUCCAUCGAGUACCUCAUGGAGAAUGAGCUCAUCCACAUCCACGAGGGGGAGCGGGAAGGAGACAAAAUUCAACUCUAUCAUCCCACACAGUUAGGAGCGGCCACUCUCGCCUCUUCCCUCUCCCCACCAGAUGCACUGAGAAUUUUUGCGGACUUGCAAAAAGCAAUGAAGGGAUUUGUGUUGGAGAACGACCUUCACAUUCUCUAUCAGAUCACACCCGUCUAUGAGGAAUGGGUAACCAUCGACUGGUACCAGUUCUUUUGCUUGUGGGAGAAGUUGUCAGCCUCCAUGAAGAGAGUGGCAGAGUUGGUUGGCAUCGAGGAAGGUUUCUUGGCUCGCUCCAUUAAAGGGAAGCUCAUUGCCAAGACUGGCAAACAGCACAGGCAGAUGGCCAUCCACAAAAGGUUUUUUACCAGUCUGGUGCUUCUAGACCUAAUCAAUGAAGUUCCUCUUGCAAACGUUGCUAACAAAUUCCACUGCAGUCGAGGGCAGCUUCAAUCUUUGCAGCAAUCUGCAGCAACCUAUGCAGGCAUGGUGACGGUGUUCAGUAACCGGCUGGGAUGGCACAACAUGGAGUUGCUCCUCUCACAGUUCCAGAGCCGCCUCAGUUUUGGUGUCCAGCGGCAGCUGUGUGAGCUGGUGCGGGUUUCCUUGCUGAACGCCCAGCGCGCCCGAGCGCUAUACAACGCUGGAUACUGCACCAUCUCCGAGCUGGCGCAAGGGAGCCCCACCAACGUAGAAACAGCGCUGAGAAACGCAGUCCCCUUUAAAAGCUCUCGGACAGCAGUCGACGAGAGUGAGUAUGAAGCUCAGGAGCGCAGGAGGACACGAUGUAUCUGGGUGAGCGGACGGAAGGCGCUGACUGAGAGAGAAGCUGCCGUGUUGAUUAUACACGAGGCCAGGAGUCUUCUUCAGCGAGAUUUGGCGUCAAUGGGCAUUGAAUGGAACCAUGAGCAGCCUGUGACUGGUGCCCAGCGGGAGGCUGCUGAGAGCAGUGACGAAACUGGAGCUGGUGCCUCUGGAGUGGCGCCAGUGGAGGGGAGACUCGGGCUGACUGAAGGCGCAGUUGUGGAACAUGUGGAACGUGUUGCUGUCCAGGCUGCGAUAACAUGUGUGAGGGAGGCAGAGAGAGGGGGUUUCAUCUCCAACGGGGGAGCUACUGAAAGGCAGCCAUCGGGUAACAUUCCCAAAGAAAAUAUUAGUAUCAGAGUCGACGGGAACUGUAAGGGGACCAGUACGGAUCAGCCAAGCGUCAUACAGCAUGUUCUGUGCGACAUUCCAGUUGAGAGGAAUAUGGUCGGAAGGGAUUGUGUUCUGGACAAAACACGUGAUGUGCAGCUUGAAGAGAAGGUUGGGGCAGAAAAUACCGUUCAAACUCUGCACCCAUGUCACGUAGAGAAUGACUCUGGUCAUCCAAAGAAUGAAGAUUGUGUUGUUAGUGAGUGUAAUACCAACGGUUUGAACGUUGCUGGCUGCAAGUCACCCGAGCUGAGUUCUUCAGCCGGGGAAUUUGAGGAGAGCUUUCAGCUGGAUUCACAAAUUGAGAAGAUCAUAGAACAAGGUGCCAUGGAGUUGGCUCCUUGCAAAUACCAACAGCAUGCUGGGAGCACCGUGCAGGUCCAGUCUGGGACACAAAAUGGGGAGCUGUGGGGUAAUACUGAAGCAAAGCCUGACCUGGCAGGUAGUGACACUGCAAAUGAGAUGGAGGUAGUGGAAAACAAGCCUGUUGUGAGGCAAGCUCUGCAUUUAACACACUCCAGCUCCGUUGUCGUUCCUGACUUGGUGAAACCCACGGUGGUCUCUGUCAACAGCGUUCCUGUUGCAUCCCCCCAGAUCAUCCAGCAUUCACUGAGAGCCAAUGAGCUGUCCUUGACUGACACUCAACUGGAGAACUUCCUGCUGGAGUACAAGACGCCAGCCUCUUGGGAAGAAAGCAAGCCAGCAGCACAAACGCUGAAUGGUGCCGUGAGCGACACGGGUUGCAGUGAGCUCCAGCGCAGUGAUCACGAACCGCGACGCCAUUCCCUCACUGACAAUGAGACGACCCUGAACGUGAGCGACAGUCUGUUCGAUAGUUUCACCGAGCCGUGCUCAAACGAUGAGGUGAAUGCGCAGGGAUUUUCCCCUGGUCAGCCGCGGGUGUCUGGAGCACACAGGCUCACGCAGACCCCCACUUCACUCCGUCUCUUUGCAGAGGUUGGCACUCAAGAGCAAAAUGAUGUGCAGAGGAUCAGGGGAACUCCUGAAGCAAGUUUGCACUGGAAUGACUUGUCCUUCAACCCCUCCGAUUUUGCAGACACCAGUCAAAACGACAACUGUCUGAUCGGUAGCUUGAAGGAGUCGCAGGCGGAGAAUAGGGACGGGAGUACCUCAGAUAUUGCUGAUGAUGUGAGGCUGCAGGAAGAGAAAAUGGUGAAUGAUCGUCUAAAUGACAAGCCAGAGCAAGGUGUGUUCACAGAAGAUUUAUCCCAAUCACUGGGUGACCAUGCGGUGAUGAAUGACAACACAGCAAUGUGGUCAGACACUUCGCUGGAGCUCAAUUCAGCCAUGAAGGAUCUGCUGAACCAGCUGCCAACCUCUGCAGGUUUGAGACGAUCAAGUUUAAAUGGCCAAAGCACCAGAGCAGAAACAACCCUGGUGGACCUUCCUGGUUUUUUGAGGAAGUCUACUGAAACUGCCGGCUCUCGGUCUCCUGGCGCUCCAAACCAACAAGGUGCAGCGGACUGGCACCAAACGGAGAACUCUCCUCAUCAGGUGCCACUCAUCCAGUCACCGGCUUUGGAAUUGGAGGAGCAGCCUGACUCCAGGGCGGAGAGUCGGAAUGAAGUCCCCCCCACACCUCCCACUGAGCCCGUGACUCCCAAAAUCAAAAUAGCAUUGACUGGUGCAACAAGAGAGAAAUCUGAGGCAAAGUGUAAAAGGCAGCUGCGGGCCAGAAUGAGCCCUGCUCCUCCAAACCGUGCAGCAGGAGUGGGGGUCCCUCCGUCUGGUCACCUUGACUGUGCUCCAGUGGUGACCUGUGAUGCCGGUGCCGACGGCUCUUUCAUAGACGAGGAGUUUGAGCUUCACCUCUCGCAGGACCACCUGGCCUCAUCCCCCGGGCCCUGCAGUGCUGAGGCCUUCACUAUCAUUGACGUGGUGAGCAGCCGCAUCCUCUUCCACACCUUCCUGAAGGAGUGGAGCAGCAAGGGCAGGUUUGCACUGGCUGCUGCCUGCGAGAAGAAGCAGCACCUUCUGUCACCCAGCUCUGAGAUAGGAGGGAGAUUUAAACAAGCCCAGACCGUGAGGAUCCAGCCGGAAACCAAUGGCUUUGAUGUGAGCAGUCACGAGGACCUUGUGGUGAUUGGAUUGUGUGUGUCUUGGGGAGGGAAGGAUGCCUAUUACAUCUCCUUGCAGGAGGGGCAGCAAAGUAUGGGAGACUUGAGCAGCAGCCUGCGGCCCCCGCCCCUGGACCCUGAGCUCCCUGUGAAGGAGCGGCUUCAUCACGUGCGUGCCUGCCUACAGCAGUGUGCCUCUGCCCAGGCACAACCCACUGUUAUUGUCUAUGACUUCAAGCAACACUACAAAGUUCUCCUCCAGGCCUGCAACAUCUCCAUGGAAGGCCAUUAUGAAGAUCCAAAGGUUGCCUGCUGGCUGCUGGACCCUGGCUCCAAAGAGAGAACCCUUCAUAACAUGGUGACCAACUUUCUCCCGCACCAACUUGCACUGUUGGACGGGGUGAGAACAAGCCGUGGUGUUCGUAGUCUUGGGCUGGACGCACAGGCCGAUGUGUCAGGUCGGCACCGAGCCUCCGUCGAGUCCGUGCUGGUCUUCAACGUCAUGGAACAACUUAAUCUUCUACUCCAGAAAGAGAAUCUGCAAGACGUGUUUCGUGAUGUUGAGAUGAAGACGCAGUACUGCCUGGCCCUGCUGGAGAUGAAUGGGAUUGGGUUCAGUGCAGCCGAAUGCGAGAGGCAGAAGCACAUCAUGCAGGCUAAGCUCACUGACAUCGAGGCGCUGGCUUAUCAGCUGGCGGGUCACAGCUUCUCUCUCACCAGCUCUGACGACAUUGCCAAGGUUGUGUUUGUGGAGCUCAAGCUUCCUCACAAUGGAGAUGCCGGCACCAGAGGUAAACGGACACUGGGCUCCAGCCGGAGGGCCACAGCAGUGGGAGGAUGGAGCAGGUUGGCCAAACAAUUCAGCACAAACAAGGAGGUACUGGAGAAACUGAAGCCUCUCCACCCUUUGCCAGGAUUAAUCCUGGAGUGGAGGAGAAUCAGCAAUGCGAUGAGCAAGGUAGUGCUCCCUCUGCAGAGAGAGAAACAUCUUCACUCCCUGCUGGGGAUGGACAGGAUCUACCCCAUCUCACAGACCCACAGUGCCACAGGACGAAUCAGUUUCACCGAGCCAAACCUGCAGAACAUCCCAAAGGAUUUUGAAAUUGAAAUGCCAUCAAUGAUGAGAGAGAGUCUACCCUUCCAUGGAGCAAACAACCCCGUACUCACACGAUCCAGGAGAAGGCAAGGUCACACCACAAUAGCAUUACCUGGAAAGGCCAUGGUGGGUGGUGAAAGGCCUGACAAGGGCCUCCCGUUUGCUAUCAGUAUAAGGCAUGCAUUUAUCCCCUUCUCAGGUGGCCUGAUCGUGGCAGCAGAUUACUCCCAGUUGGAGCUACGAAUCCUGGCUCAUCUCUCCAAGGACAAAGGCCUUAUUGAGAUCCUGAACAGCGGGGAAGAUGUGUUUAAGAACAUCGCUGCGGAGUGGAGAAUGGUGGAGCCAGCUUCAGUCAGCGACAGACUGCGACAACAGGCCAAGCAGAUCUGUUAUGGGAUCAUUUAUGGGAUUGGAGCUAAAUCUCUUGGUGAGCAAAUGGACCUGGAUGAGAAUGAAGCAAGUCGUUACCUUGAAGCAUUCAAAUCUCGCUACAAAGGAAUUCAGACAUUUCUGCGGGCAACAGUAAAAAACUGUGAGAAUAAUGGAUUUGUCCAAACAAUCCUUGGCAGGAAACGAUACCUUCCAGCAAUCAAAGAUCAGAAUCCUCAUGCCAAAGCUCACGCUCAGCGACAAGCAGUUAACACCACUGUGCAAGGAUCAGCGGCCGAUCUGGUAAAAGUAGCCACUGUUAAUAUCCAGAGGCGACUGGAGGAAGGCUUCCCUUCUGCUGCCAAGUCGCACGGUCACUGGAUUCGCAAGCUUCAGGGUGACAGGAGACUGGGUAUGGCUGAAAGGAAGAAACAACGAGAGAUGCAGCAACCAGAGUGUGGGGGCUUCUUCAUCUUGCAGAUGCAUGACGAGCUGUUGUAUGAAGUGGCAGAGAAUGAUGUGAUACAGGUUGCGCAGAUAAUGAAAAAUGAAAUGGAAAAUGCCAUGAAACUGCUGGUAAAACUUUCUGUCAAAGUAAAGUUUGGUGCCAGUUGGGGAAAUCUUCAGGACUUAGUCUUGUCAUGACAAAUUUGCCAGAUUAAAAAAUGUAAAUUCACUUGAUUUUGUACUAGCCAGCAUAGUUAAACAUUGUGGGCCAAGAUAUUUUCAAGAAAACGGAAGCAUGAAUUGUUCGUUAACUUGGAAUAUUUGUUUUAAUGAAAUCAGAUCAGCUUAAUUUUCAGCUCUCAAUGAAUUGUUGACAUAAGUUCAUGAUGAUUAUAUAUUGGUCAAGAAAGGCAUUAUUUAUAUACUGAAAGUUAGACGGAAAGUCAGUCUGCAAAGAACCAUUAUUUAUUUAUUACUAAAUUAAAUUGGCAUGUUGUCUUCUGGAACGAAUGUAAUUUUUACAGCUAGACUAAAGGAACUAUUUGAUAUGUAGUUCUCUAUGUUAAGCAUAUUCUGUAUCCACCAACUGCAUGGCUUGACUAUAUGGAGAAUAAGAUUCCUUGUUAAAUAGAAAGUAAAAUUACUUCCCAUUAGUUCAAUUAUUAUGAACGGACUUGUUACUAAUUUGGAGGCCUAUGUUUUUGAAGUGACUAUACUUUUGCACAAUUUAUAUCGAGGGGGAAUGGGAUAACUGUUCAAUUACAAAAGUACUAGGUCAGAUUAUUUUUCUAUAAUAUCGACUCGGAAGAACAGUACUCUGCUUGAGAGGUGAAAAUAUUCUAGUGGAUUGUAUUGUAUGGCUGGCCAUUAAAUGGUAGCAAGAUUCUGAGCUUAUGGAUAAUGUAAUGUAUAACAAAUAUCAAAUGGUAUUUAUGACUGCUCUGAAUUGGAUCGGUUUAUAAAUGAUGAAUUAACCAAUAGAUACUUUAUCCUUUAACAAUUAUUUUUUAAACAUGUAUGAUUUUGUAAAGAUGAUCAAAAUAUUGUGCAGAUGAACAAAUGUAUUAUUUAAAAACUUCAGCUCUAAUGGCAAAUACAAUAAAACAGAAAUUCAACAGA